AUGGAUGUUUUUAUAAGAGAUGUUGUCAAAAGUAAGCUAGGUUAUAAUAUUAUAAUGAAAGAUGAGCAAGUAGUAGCAGUGAAGGCAAUUCUGGAAGGAAAGGAUAUCUUUGUGGUGCUUCCUACAGGCUAUGGAAAGUCCCUGUGUUACAUGGUUCUCCCUUUUUUGUUUGAUGCAAUUUUGUCAGAGAAAGGAUCUAUCAUUAUUAUUGUAACACCAUUGACUGCAAUCAUUAAAGAUCAAGUAUCUGCUUGUCAAGAGAAGGGUAUUAGUUGUGGCUACAUUUGUGGAGAGAAUGAUGAUAAGACCAUGACAGCUGGAGUUGAAAAUUGCAAGUAUCAAUUAAUAUAUUUUACUCCUGAAAUGCUUUUACUGAAUAAGAGAUGGAGAAAAUUACUUAUUUCAGCAGCAUAUCAAACCAAGAUAAAAGGUCUUGCCCUUGAUGAAGCUCAUACUAUCAAGAAGUGGGGCUCUACAUUUCGUGAAUCACUUGCUAAAAUUGGAGAACUACGAAGUUUAUUACCAGGAAAAACACCCAUCAUGGCAUUAACAGCAACUGCUGAUUACACGUUACGUACUGAACUUCAAUACAUUAUUGGCAUGAAGUCACCUUUGUCUGUUGUUCUUCCACCUUGCAAACCUAAUAUCACAUACAAAAUUCAUGAAUAUAUUUCACUUCAAAGCAAUUUCAUGCAUAUUGUUGAAGUUGGUGCUCCAUCAUUAUCAAAGUACAAACUUGUUGAAAUGUUUACAAGCUGCACUGAUGAAGCCAUAAAAAAGCAAAUCAUUAUCUCAUUCACGAAAGGUGAUACUCUUUGUAUUGUUUGUGCUACAAUCGCAUUUGGCAUGGGUGUGGACUGUCCCAACGUUUGGGUUGUAAUGCAUGUAGGACCAUCAGAUGACAUAGAAUCAUAUAUUCAGGAGACUGGCCGUGGAGGUCGUGACGGACUCCCCUGUGAAGCUAUUUUAUUAAACAAAAAGUCAUCUUUGCGAUAUGCUAAUAAUGCGAUGAGAGAAUAUGCAAAUAACUCAUCAGAAUGUAGAAGACACUUAUUAUUUAGAAGAUUAGAAGGAUAUGAUAAAGAAAAACAUAAUGUGCCAAAGAAAUAUUGUUGUGAUUUCCGUUUUGUCUGUUUUGUGUAA